UUGACAUCAUCUAUAUAUGUUUGAUUAAAUCACAGAAUUGCGUCAGAAAACAAUUAAAAGUACAAUUUUUUUCACCUCUCAGUAGAAAAAUGUCUAUUUUCGUAAGAAAUCCGUAUCUUUUCAACUGUUUACGACACACAAAAUUUGUCGUGAUCACUACUAGCGGUUCUCCAAAGAAUGGUACUUCUUUGUUCCAGAAUGUUCGAUUCUUUUCCGUUGGACGUCGAGGUACUCGAGGUGGAACAAGCACACGAUCCAUUCCGAUUACCAAGGAUCGUCGAUCAUUUAAAGAGAUUCUUAUGCAACCGACUACUGGUGCACCAUUUGCAUUUGGUUCAUCAGCAGUUGCAGGUGCUUCAUUGUUUGGUAUUGGUGCACUUUGUUAUUAUGGAUUUGGUUUGGCUAACACACCUGGAACAUUGGAAAAUGCUUAUGCAUGGCCUACAUAUGUUCGCGAACGUAUCAAAAGUACCUAUUUUUAUUUUGGAUCGGGAUUGGCCAUUACUGCUGGUUCGGCAAUUGCUGCUUUUCGUAGUCCUUUGGUGAUGAAUUUGGUGACGAAAAAUUCAAUGAUGGGCAUCUUAUUGACUAUCGGAGCUAUGAUAGGUACAUCAAUGGUGGCACAAUCAAUACCAUAUCGUGAAGGAUUCGGCAGCAAACAAUUAGCAUGGGCAUUACAUUGUGGAGUAGUUGGUGCUGUAAUUGCUCCACUUUGCAUAUUGGGUGGACCGCUCAUGUUACGUGCUGCUCUCUAUACUGCUGGAAUUUCCGGUGCAUUAUCGGCCAUUGCUUAUUGUGCUCCCAAUGAUAAAUUCCUAAUGAUGGGCGGCCCAUUAGCCCUUGGCUUAGGUCUCGUAUUUGCUGCAUCAAUGGGCUCAAUGUUUCUACCACCAACGACAGCAUUGGGUGCAUCCCUAUAUUCGAUCAGUUUAUAUGGUGGUCUUUUAUUAUUCUCUGCAUUCUUACUCUAUGAUACACAACGAAUUGUUCGUCGUGCUGAAACCCAUCCACCAUAUGCAAUGGUACCAUAUGAUCCAGUCAAUGCCUCGAUUUCAAUCUACAUGGAUGUCAUCAACAUUUUCGUUCGAAUAGCAACAAUAUUGGCUAAUGGAUCAGGAUCGAAAAGACGUUAAAAACACUUUUCAUAAUUAAAAUUGUAGAUUUUUCUAUUUUUACUCAAUUAUCUUUACAAUACAGUUUUAAAUUUAUUGAUGAUGC